GAAACAGCAACAACAACGUGUUGCUGCCACAAAACGCAGCAGCCGCAACGAGAGCGUCAUCUCUGCCCUUCGCACGCCUCUGCGGAUUCUGCAAGAUGCAGCAGUAUGCUAGGAUUGCCAGGAUCGCAACCAACUCUGCCCGGGCUUGUCACCGGCAAAGAUUCUACGAACCCAAUGCCGAAGUACGCUGGCAGCACUCCGAGCACUAAACAGGCUGAGCGGAGCCACUAGCACUCCCGAUCCGAUCAGCGGCGGCAACAGCGGACGAACUAUGAUAACGAGGCUCUACAACACCGAAGAGGAUCCCGCCUACUGCUCGUUCAUCUGGGGCUCGAAUCUCACCAGCAGCGUCGACGUCCUGGCUGCCAAUGCCACGUCCGUCUUCAGCAGCGACCUGAGGGACGACUUCUAUCGGGAUGUGGAGGAUCCGCGGACGGAAUCGCUGAGGGAAUACUGCUAUGGCCUGGUGCUGCCCAUCAUCUGCGCCAUGGGCAUCAUAGGCAACGUGCUCAACCUGGUUGUGCUCACCAGGCGCAACAUGCGUGGCACCGCCUACAUUUACAUGAGGGCUUACUCCACCGCCGCCCUGCUGGCCAUCGUGUUCGCCAUUCCCUUCGGCAUCCGCAUGCUGGUCCACAAGGAUCGAGGACAGUGGGAGGAGUUCGGCCCAGCCUUCUACACCGCCCACCUGGAGCUUUAUCUGGGCAACGGCUGUUUGGGUGUUGGCGUAAUGAUGUUACUAGUGCUGACCAUUGAACGUUACGUGUCCGUAUGCCAUCCAGGAUUUGCUCGACCCGUGAUGGGACCACCUGGCGUUGUGGUAUUCCUCACCUGCUUGGCCACGGUAAUCGUCUAUCUACCGAGCAUCUUUCGUGGCGAACUGAUCAAAUGCAUCCUCGGAUCGAGUGACGUAUAUGUGUAUUUGCGACGCGACAACACCAUCUACCAGCAGACCAUCUUUUACCGCGUCUACAAGAUCAUGCUGGAGGUGAUCUUCAAGCUGGUGCCCACGCUGGUUAUCGGUGGCCUCAACAUGCGCAUCAUGAUGGUCUACAGGCGGACCUGCGAGCGCCGCCGCAAGAUGGUGCUUAGUCGUCCGCAUGCCCAGGGACAUGGUCACGGACAUGGGCACGGACAUGGUCAUGGACAUGGACAUGCACAUGGACACGGCUAUUUGAAGGACGACGAUCCGCGAAAGUUCGCCGAGGAGCGGCGCUUGUUCCUGCUGCUCGGCAGCACAUCGAUUUUGUUCCUGGUCUGCGUCUCGCCGAUGGCCAUUCUCCACAUGACGAUCGCCUCGGAGGUCUAUCCGAGCUUCCCCUUCCAGGUGUUCCGUGCCAGCGCCAAUCUGCUGGAGCUGAUCAACUACUCGCUGACCUUCUACAUCUACUGCCUGUUCAGCGAGGAUUUCCGCAACACCCUGGUGAGGACCAUCAAGUGGCCCUGGUUGAAGGGCAAGUUCUGCCACCAGGCCGAGCACGAGGUGAGUGCCAGUCCACCGGCCACAGCCGGAACCGUAGCGGUAGCCGGAACCGGAACUGGCCACGUUUCUAAUUUUCAUCCGGCAAUACCGGCGCUGACUCUCACACCCGCAGAACCCGACGAACGGCCCCGGUGUGCCAAUGGCGUGCUUCACUAAGGUGGAAAGGGGCCAUCAAAAGCACCACAUAACUACCACCUCGGGCCUGGGACGAUCGAGUAGCAUUUAGCCAACGCCACCACCCAACAACAACACCACCACAACCCAUCCGCUACUCGAGAUCCGAACUCCGAACACCGAGAACCCUCCCAGCCCAGAGUAACCCCACUACCAUCCAACUCCAAAACCGUCACCACCACUUCCACUAACCCCCCAGGUCGUCGAGGUUGAAUGGUGUCCUUUCUCUCGCUUGAGAUCCUGCGGCAUUUGAACGUGUUCAAGUAUCGACAAGCGAAAAGCGAUAUACGAUAAACAACUAACGAUUAACGAUAAUUGAUAUUCAGCGCCACGCAUUGCGUAUAUAAGUGUCUGUGUGUGUUCCUUAAACAUAUAUAUUUAAAUAUAUGGAUAAACAUUUUUUUUUGUAGCACUAGAAUUAGGAACUUAAAAACCAAACUUAAUCAAAAACGCAUCCGUAAUCGGUGAAACAAUUGAUAUCGAUAGGUAAAACCAGUUCGACUUUCGAUCAACAUUUGCGCCGAAUGAUUUCACCAUAUAUAGCUUGCGGAAUGUGUAUGUCGCAGGAUCGAGAUCCUCAAGCCACACGUAUAGAUGCAGAUAUGAUAGUUUCGUCAAUGGAUAGAUUGCUUGCCAUACUGAUAACAAAAGAGCUCGUUUACUCUAGCAUUAGAUGCAGACAAAAAACAGGAACAGCGACAGGACAACAACAGACAGACAUAUAGACAGACAGGUGAGAUGGAACAAUAGCGAGAGAGAGAGAAAGAGAGAGAAAGAGUUUUACGAUGAUAAUAUGCAGACAUACAAUACUUAUAUAUACACUUGCAUAUGCCUAUAUGUGAAUGAUAUUUAUGUAAACGACGUAUUUAUGUAUACACGCGUAACUUUAAGCGAAUAUAUUUAUAUAUGCAUAUAUGUAUCUAUUGAUUAUAGCAUUUAAGUGCGCGCAAGAGGAAUCCAGAUUCCAACCCCGGCCCCAGAUAUAGAUCCAGAUCCAAAUUGAGAUCGAAGAUGGAUAUCUGGCAACGUGCUGAGCCCUUUCGUCUGACGAAACUGUAUUGAAUUGUUGCGUGAAUUGAGAUUGAAUUGUUAAUGGUUAAGUUAAUUAAUUGUAGUCGCACUACGAAUAGUUAUAUUUUUAAUUCUAGUUAUAAUUCGAGGACUAAGUUAUCUAGUUACAUAGUACAAUUCCCCCGCCCUUGGUUGUCAGUCUGAGAGGGGAGGUCUUGAUACCUGACCCCUGACCCCUGGCCGAAUGAACCCUUGCAGCACGCGUAGCUAACUUAACUAAAUGUGUGUACCUAGUAUUAAAACAAAGCAAAGCAACCGAAACUGUUCAGUGAUGUCUAUUUACCCAGCGCCCAAGGCUAAGCUAUGGAAUGCAUUACAGUAAUCUCACAAAUAUCGAAAUGUAUAUCUAUCUAACGAUGGAGCAGGAUUAGUUAUGUCCUCAAGUACUGAUGAGUAGCGACGAUGGAGUGGGUCAGACCUUUCAAAAUUCCAGAGGAGUUUCGAGAUUACUAAUCCAAUUUGGCAGCGACUUCAGUGCAUAUAUCCGGAAAUAAAUUCUGAACAACGGCAGUCGAGAACUCCUUUGAAUUUCAAGUAACAUGUGUAUUGAAUUCCGUCGAGGUAUUUGACAAAUAUUCCGAAAAAUGAUGAAGUUAUUUGCAAAAGAUUUAUCCAAAAUUGUUGAAAAGAAAAUCAUGUAACGAAAAUACUUUGGGCAAAAAUCGAAAGUUAAUGAUUAAGUUAAUAUUCAUUUAAAAUGUGAGUAAGCAAAUAUUUUCCGAUCUACAACCUAGUCGCUACAAAAGCAAACAAUAUACAUACUUGCUAGGAUAUUGACGAAUAUCCCUGCAUGAGGCAGCUAGUCAAAGGUGAAUCAUCACAGUGAAUGAACGUAGAUCCUUUUGUUUUCGUUUUCCAGAGCUCAGCUCAAAGCCAGGAGAGAAAUUAAUGUUUAGGAAAUUAGAUGCUCGAAUUGAGAAAAAAAGAAGAAAAUGAUAUAUAAAGUAUGAAAUGUGAAACGUCAGGCAACUUGAGGCAUUUAGGACACCAAAAACCCGGAAAUCAGAACAGGCAUCACGAAGGCAAACUAAUAUCCAUAAAUAGAGUCAGAACAGUGGAACGAAGGCAGAUGGAGUUUAACGAAUAAACCAUUCAAUGCAAUGCAUAACUUACCAUAAACAGCAUUCAAAUACCCGAUACGGAUAAACAAUUUUAA